GCAGACCUAGGAUGUGGGAUUCGGAUCUAUCACAGCCUGAUCCUGGUUCAAAGUCAGACCUCAGAGUCUCUCAGGCCCUCUGGCCUCUACCUGACCAGGAAGAACUGAAGAAACAGCGUCAGUCUCAGUUCCUGAUGCACCGCCGUCAGUACAUGAACAUUGAGAGAGAGCAAGUGAAGGAGAAUAAACAGAACAGGAAACACCUGAAGAGGACAGCCAGUAUUAAAGCAGAGAAAGAACAGGUUCGUGUGGAGGAGGAGAGAAAGUUGGAGAGAGUCCGGCAGCUCGCUGAAGCCCGACAGAAGCUGCAGGAGAGAGAGCUGCUGGUCCUGGAGAGACUGAAUCUGGAGGAGGAAGAGGAGGAGAGAGCUGAGGAGCUGCAGAGGAGGAAAAGGGAAGAGCAAGGGAAAGUAUCUGCAAGGUAAGA